AUGAAGGUUCUCUCACUCCUUCUUGCCGCGGCAAGCCCCAUCUAUGCCGCCUUCGAGUGGCAGAAUGCUCGCAUGGGAGGCGGUGGUGGCUUCGUGCCUGGCAUUUCUUUCCACCCCAAGGUGAAGGGUGUUGCCUAUGCUCGUACAGAUAUUGGUGGUCUCUACCGUCUCAAUGCCGACGAUUCCUGGACGCCUGUCACGGACUACGUUGCUACCCAUGCCAAGUGGAACCGAUGGGGAAUCGACGCAGUAGCGCUGGACCCUGCUGAUGCCAACAAGGUCUACGCGGCCUUUGGCAUGUACACCAACAGCUGGGAUCCUAACAAUGGCGCCAUCGGUCGCAGUUCCGACAAGGGCCAGACGUGGACGUUUACCGACCUGCCUUUCAAGGUUGGUGGUAACAUGCCCGGCCGCGGCACUGGAGAACGUCUCGCAGUCGACCCCAACAACCCAAACAUCGUCUACUUCGGUGCUCGCAGUGGAAAUGGUCUCUGGAAGUCCACCAACGGCGGUGUUUCCUUCAGCAAGGUCACCUCCUUCACCAACGUCGGCAACUUCGCUCCUGAUCCCAAUGAUGCCAACGGAUACCUCAACGACCCUCAGGGUCUGACAUUUGUCACCUUUGAUGAGACCUCAGCCGUCUCUGGUGGCGCCACCUCCCGAAUCUUUGUCGGCACCGCCGAUAACGUCACUGCCUCCGUCUACGUGUCCACCAACGCCGGCCAGACCUGGAGCCCCGUUGCCGGACAACCUGGAAAGUAUUUCCCCCACAAGGCCAGAAUUCAGACUGCCGAGAAGGCUCUCUACCUGUCCUACUCCGAUGGCACUGGCCCUUACGAUGGUACCUCUGGUUCCGUCUGGCGCUAUGACCUCGCCACCAGCGUGUGGAAGGACAUUACGCCUGCCUCGGGUGGUGAUCUCUACUUCGGUUUCGGUGGUCUCUCAGUUGAUGCUCAGAAGCCUGGUACCCUCAUCGUCGCCACGCUGAACUCAUGGUACCCUGACGCGCAGAUCUACCGUUCCACCGACUCUGGAAACACUUGGUCUACCUUGUGGAAGUGGACCAGCUACCCCAACCAGGAGUUCUACUACAGCAUCAGCACACCCAAGGCACCCUGGAUCUUUAAGAACUUCAUCUCCGUCGACACAAAGAAGCUUGGCUGGAUGAUUGAGGCCCUGGAAAUUGAUCCCCAUGACUCUAACCACUGGCUUUACGGUACUGGUCUGACCGUCUACGGAGGCCACGACUUGACCAAGUGGGACACCACCCACAACAUCACCAUUGAGUCGCUUGCCGACGGCAUCGAGGAGUUCGCUGUCCUUGAGGUUAAGUCUGCUCCUGGUGGUACCGAGCUGUUCUCUGCUGUUGGCGAUGAUAGCGGCUUCACUUUCCCUAACAAGAAUUCUCUGGGUACCGCACCCGCCACCGUUUGGGACACUCCCAGGUUCACCUCUUCUACCAGCGUUGAUUACGCUGGCAACAAGGUCGCCAACGUCGUCCGCGUCGGUAACACUGGCGGCACUGAGCAGGUCGCCCUCUCCGGCAAUGGUGGUAACACCUGGUACAUCCACUACGGCGCUGGCCAGGUUGCCUAUGGAGGCGCUGUAGCCCUCUCCGCCGAUGGUGAUGUUGUCCUCUGGUCCUCUUCCAACCAGGGCGUCCGCCGUUCCCAAACUCAGGGUACCUUUGCCGCCGUCUCUAGCCUUCCCAACAACGCCCUGAUUGCCAGUGACAAGCGCGACAACACUGCCUUCUACGCUGCCUCUGGCUCGACCUUCUACCGCUCGACCAACUCGGCCACAAGCUUCAGCACCGCCGGCACCCUUAGCGGCGCCACCGUCAUCCGCGACAUCGCUGUCCACCCCCAGGUCGCCGGCGACGUCUGGGUGUCCACAGACGCCGGUAUUUUCCACAGCACCAACGGUGGAACCUCUUUCACCCUCGUCUCCUCGACCGUGACCAAUACCUACCAGAUCGCUCUCGGCCGCGGCGCUGGCACGACCUGGAAUCUUUACGCCUUCGGCACCGGCCCCCAGGGCCCCAAGCUCUACGGCAGUGCCGACCUCGGUGCCUCGUGGACUGACAUUCAGGGCUCCAUCGCCUGGGGUUCCAUCGAGGCCAACCGUCUCGAGGGCAGUGGCAACAACGCCGGCCUUGUCUACGUCGGUACCAACGGCCGCGGCGUCUUCUGGGCCCAGGGCGCCAUCUCCGGCGGAUCCGUGCCCCCUCCCGCGGGCACGACCACGACGGCUGCGCCCCCUGCCGCUACGACCACCACUAGGGGCACGACGACUCUGACGUCGACGGUGAGGGCCUCUACCACUGUUGUGCCUACAACCGUCGCCACGACGACCAGGGCUGCCACCACCACCGCUGCCGCGCCACCGGCCACGGGCACAGGUGUCGCGGCGCCCUGGGGACAGUGGGGUUCAUCGUCUGACGAGGUCACUUUCCAAGAGAUUCAGACCGAGGAUGAGGCGGCUAAGUCGAAGAAGGGUUAUGCAAAGAUCCAGGCUUGCUGCGCUCGGGCGUUAGACUACCACCUUCAGUAUGCCUGGAUCGACACAUGCUGCAUCGACAAGUCCAGCAGCGCAGAGCUUUCCGAAGCCAUCAACUCCAUGUAUGCGUGGUAUGAAGCCUCGACCAUAUGCUUUGCAUAUCUCGACGAUGUUCCCAUGGCAGGCUCAAUCGAACUGCAUGCUGCCAACUCGCCCUUCCGACAGAGUGCCUGGUUUACACGAGGUUGGACACUACAAGAGCUCAUCGCCCCUGCUGAAGUCUACUUCAUCAGCAGCACAUGGAGCCGGUCUUCCUUGGGAUCCAAGACCCUGAUGGAUUCCUUACUCGAAGAGAUCACAGGGGUUAAAGCUGAGAUCCUGCGCAACCGCGGCAAGCUGGAUGAUGCCAGCGUAGGAGAGCGGAUGUCGUGGGCGUCGAGACGCGUGACCACAAGGAUUGAAGACGAAGCAUACUGCCUGAUGGGGAUUUUCGGCGUUUGUAUGCCGGCAAUCUAUGGCGAAGGCCGCAAGGCUUUUUAUAGGCUACAGGACGAAAUUAUGAGGACGACUCCGGAUCACACGAUCUUCGCAUGGUCCAUGCCUCACGGCCUGCCCUGCCCAGAAGACAUCGGCAUGCUUGCACCUUCGCCUCGCAUGUUCCGCGAUUUCAGCGGCCGCCGGGUAGUUGACCACAAGACAUUCGUCAAUACAUUCCCACACAGCACCAAUCGCAUGAAGCCUGAUUAUAGCAUCACUAACUUUGGCCUGCACAUACACCUACCAUUAAUGAAGCUGGACGAGUUCUUUGAGGGUUAUUACCUCGCAUUUUUGGCCUGCUCUCCUCUUCCGCAGGCACCUUUUCCGCAGGUAGAGACGCGGCUACUCCAAUUCGUUGCUAUCAUUCUGCGGCCUAGGACUGACCGACCAGACGGACAUUUCUACCGGACUCGACUCGGAACGAUUUCCCUCCCGUACUUCACCAUCUCAAAAAGGCAAGCAGACAACAUGGACAGCAUGAUGUUAUGGAUCUCAGUGGGAAGCAGCGGCAUGCCUCGCGCGAGGAUCGGGGCUACGCUUAGCUCAAGGAAGACAACGCCCGGCAUAGUCACCUGUCUGUACUCGACAGACCCCAGGACUCUGCCCAUAUUUGAACCACAUCAUGCUGCAGAACAAAGACCGACGCUUGUCAAGCCGACUGAUCCGGCCCACGAUGAACAUCUGCGCCUUCUUCGGACCUCGGCUCACAGAUACACAUCAAUGAUUCACGGCAUGUAUGACGUUCGGGAAGAUCACAUGCAAUGCGUGCUGGAUUUCUAUCCUGAUGGCUACAUUGUCCUGACCAUCCCGCCAAGUCUGUAUCCUGGGCAGCACCGUCAUGUACUCGUUGCGGUAGGUGUUCGUGAUGGACGUCUAUGGAUGGCACAAGAGCCUACGCCACCAGAUUUUGACUUUGCAGCAACAUCCUCUCCCGAAGCGUACGCCAGAUUUGAUUGCUAUAACGGCAAUUCAGUCUGGUAUACCGCACCUCACUUGGUGCAAAUCACAGCGCCUCAAGUCAGCGGCUUCGAAGACCCGCGAGCUCAGGUCGUCGUGGGUAAUGUUUCGAUUGCGAUUCACAUUCGACUCUCCAUAUGA